CAAUCAAGUCUUUAUCAUUAUUAUCGCAGUGUUACUGACCUUAUCUUGAAGAGAGUGGGAAAUUCAGUGGGGCAAUUUAGGGGAAAAACCAAAACAAGAUGUGCUUAAGCACCAGCAGCUUUUAUGCUUUUAUAACAGUUAUUGCUUUCCAUGCACAUGGAUCAUCACAUAAAGUGCACACGGAUUUUGUAAAAGAAUAAUUAGUCAUGGGUACUGUUAUUACUGAUGAAGACACUAAAUUGGAAAGAUGGGAGCUUUUCUUCCGGUGGAUAUCAUUAAAUCUUGAGCAAGGCAAACCUGUUGCAUUUAUCUAUGCACCUGAAGGUCCUUAUCGUAGAGGUGCUCCUUCAAGUUCUGGCGCUGGCAGUGCUCUAGCCGCAGGAUUGGCUUCAGCAAAAUAUAUACCUUCCAGAUACCAACUUCUUGCUGGAAAGUUUCUGUCCAAAUCAACUACCUUUGGUAUUAGAGACGUGACCGCCGGACGCAAAGGCUGGAUCUUCCGAGUUGACAACCCGCACAUUGGACAAGAAGUAAAUCACCUCAACAUCAACCCCAAAUUCAGUGGUGUGAAUGACCCACACAUAGCUCUGCCACCAGGAACUGCCGCUGUUGGCAACGCUGCCACCAAAGUCAUUCGAGUUGCUGGCGCAGCUGCCAUGGUAGCUGCAGUCGCUGUGGAUUCAUACAGAAUUGGCAAAGCUGUUAAAAACGACUUGGAUGAAAAAAACGCACUUGGUUUCAAGACUGCAAAGACUUCAGCAUCUGUUGCUUCAGGGUGGGGUGGAGGCAUUACUGGUGCAGUAGUAGGCAAUUCUUUGGGAGCAACUGUUGGAGGAGCAAUCGGUGCCCUAUUUGGAGGAGUAGCUGCUGUGCCUGGAGCGGCAAUUGGAUCUCUGGUUGGUGGUUUGCUGCUUGGUGUCACUGGAGGAGUGACAGGGAGUUUGGCAGCUGAAGCUGUUGCUGAAUCAAUAAGAGGAGGCGUACGCGGGGUCAUUCGCGAAGCUGGCAAACGCUUGAUUGUCAUUGAGCAGUCGUUCACUCCUGAGACCAAAGACCACGAGGAACAAUGGCUGAAGGUGCUCCAGGAUACCGUCUUUCUGAUACUGAACGAGCGCAAGAUGUGCGUCGCCACUUUUCAGCCUUUGGAUGAAGUGUUUUCGCAGAGAAUCUUGGAUAGUCUGGAGCCUCAUAACUACGUUGGCUUGGCCAUUGCUGAAGGCACCAUGUCGCGGACCAUUACCAACGAGGCCUGCAACACUCCGCAGUUCUUUUUCUCCGCCAUGGCAUUCACCUCAUGCGAUGUGCAGCUGGCAGAACUGGAAGAGCUGAUUGGUUGCAGUGAAACAGACAUUCCUGCAAGUAUUGCAAACGAGUACAUCUUCAUGAACAGCUUUGGCACCAAACUUCUCUGGCUCAAUCCAAGAUCUGGAACUGCAGAGGCAAUUCUGUUUCUAAAUAAAUAUCUAAGCAAAUGUUUGAAACUACCAGCUAAAAAUUAGGAAAGUUUUGUUGAAAACAUGAUUUGUUUUUGUAAGGGUUAGUGUAGUUUGGGGAUCUCUGCUUUUGUUUCAAAAGCUUUUAAAUAAUAUUAACUAUAACCAUUUUAAAACUUCUUGAUGUCAUGUAGUGGAGCCCAACGGAAUCAAAAUAAAGCUUUAUUUUAACAUA